CAUUACGCGGAAACACGAAGGCGACAGCACAGUCGCAGUUUUAUUUCAGAAUCGCAUCUAGGCGGUGGUCUGUAUUUUUGUGCGCUGUUUUUAUUUCAAAAAUUAUGAUAACAAAAAUUGAAAAUAUUCAAAAAUAUUUUCAAUUUUUUGUGAAAUAUAAAGUGUCAAAGUGUUUAUAAUAUCGAUCAAGAAAGAAGAAAGUGUCUUUAUGAUAAUAGUGAAUGAAAAUGUGUUUGUGUAUUCAACAAAGACAAAACUCUUGGAAUUUGAUAAUAGUAUUAAUAUCAUUAGGAAUGUUCAAUGUGUAAUUCAAGAGAGAAGAAAAAAAAUGUUUCAAUUGACUAAAAAAAAUGGAUUUAUAAUAAUCGCUGACAACUUCUAUCCGUACAUCAUUGGUUGAUAAAAAGCACUGAUAGCGUGUGAUAAUUCUUCGUAUAUACACUUUCCUAUAAUAAAAUGUAAUCCAUAUAUACAUAUUAGUGUAUCUGUGUCUGCUAUUAACAAUGGAAUUAUUCUAGUGAGUUCAAGUAUAUAUAUAUAUACAACGAAUGGAAAUUAUUAUAUAUGGAAAUAUAAUAUGGAAAUUUACAAGAAAAUGAUAAAUUGAGGAAAAAAAUUUUAUCAAAAAAAAAAAAUAAUAACAAAAGAACGAAGAUGGACUCAGUUGCUGUUACGGUGCCACUUCGUCCUCCAAUGAAAAAAAUGAAAAAACGAAAAGAACUUGACGCCCUCGCACCCCAUCAUGCAGUUUCUAGAAGAUGUAAUGGAAAACGCAGUUCUCAGGAAUUGCUAUCAGACAGCAGUGACGAAUGCUCUGAAUUUUGGAAUGUUUCGACACGUGGCCCUCGUAAAUCGAGAAACAGAAGUAGUCAAUCAUGUCCUGGACUUUUAAGAGCUUGUAGUGCUUUUUUGGCCUGCGCCGCAGUCCUUGCCACAGCUAGUUUAAUCUGGCUUUUUAUUGAUGUUCGCCAACAACUCACAACCCUUCGAAGUGAAUUAGAUCAAGUGAUAGCAGGAAGUGAGGGCCUUCCAGACGCUAUACAAAAAUGUGAUUCCACUUCCAAACAAUUGCAAAAAAACCAAAGUAUCAUAUUUACUCAACUUUCCAACAUUAAAAUACAGCUCAAUAAUUUUACAGAGCAGAUAACUGCCAUUCAACGAGGUUUACAAAUAGUGCAAGAUUCCUUAAAAGCAGAACCUCAAUUAGCGAGCAUACCAAAAGAUUUUAUGUCUCUGCAAACUAGUGUGGCCAAAGUUGGUAGUGAGAUUAGCGAUUUAAAACCUACUGUCGAUGCCUUAAAAGAAGCAAACAAAAAUUUGUUAAUUACACAAAAUAUAACGCAACAGAAAUUAAGUAGCCUUCAGACUUCAUUGCAGGAGUUAAUGAAUGCAACGCAAAAGCCGCAGUUGCAAUCAACAAAUGAAACGAAUAUUAAAAUUGAAGAUUUGAAAUCAACUGUUUCCGAAUUAGCGAAAAAUUUAUCAAUUGUAAAUCAAAAUAUAACAGCGCGACUCAAUUGGGCACGUGAUGAACAAGCAAAGGACCAUAGUAAUUUAGACAAGUUGCAAGACAAGGCAGAAAAUUUAAGGACAGAAGUUGAAACAUUACGUGUUGAUUCUGUUACUAUUCAUCAACAGAUAAACGCAAUUCAAUCAAGAAACUCAGAAUAUAAUAAAACAUUAGUUGAAUUGAAAGAAACUUGUAAUGCUUUACAAAAGUCACAAACUUCAGUAAUGGCGCAAACAACUUCCACAAUCAACAAUCCUCCAAAAGAAACUUUAACAAAGCAAAGUGAGAUGAAAGAAAUUGUCACUGCAGCUGCAGAUCAGAAAAAUACAGCAGACGAGAAAACAAUGAUGAAACAAAAUAAUAUGUAAGCGGAUAAUAUUUAUAUGCGCGCGCAAAAAAAAGUAUUAGAGUUUGUAAAUAUUAGUGUACUUAAUAAUUAUGGUUUUAGAAAAAUGCGUUACCUUAUUUUUAAAAAAAAAGUCAUAAAUAAUUUAAAACAUUUUUACGUUAAAAAAAAAAGAAAAUCAUUCUUAGUUUACACUUAGAAAAGUGUGAGACCACUUUUGUAAAAUAUUCCAUUUUGUCUAUUAAAUAAUUGUAUGUGUGUGUUUCUUUUUAUUUUUUUUUAUAAAUUAAAAGUUAUCACAGUAUUUCUAAUGAAAUUUUUUUUUUUUAUUCUAGAAAUUUCUUUUUUAUUCAAUUUUUUUUUUAAAUAAUACCUUUGAAAUAAUUGUCAAUUUAAAAUCUUGAUAAAAAUGGAGCACGUCAAUAAAUUAAAAAUAUUUAGACAUAGGAAAUUUUUAUUAAUUUAGAUUUUUUUUAAACUAUUGUAUUUAGAAAAAAAAUAUUUCCAAUUUAUUUCAUAGUUACGAAUUUUUUUGUUCUUUUGCAUUUUUUAGUUUGUUGAAUUGUAAUUAAUAUUUAUUUAUUGCGCAAAUAUGCAUAUAUAUAAUUUAAAAAUGUAACAAAUAUUAUAGAAAAAAAAGAUCUACUUUCAAUUUAUUUUUCACUAAAAAGUGAUUAUAAUUUUUUAAAGUCUUUGAAAAAAAAAAAAUUUAUUAAAAUAUAUCUAAUAUUUUUUUCGAAUAUAUUCAACGAUUCUCUCAAAUUGUCAGAUCAUCGAAAAAGUACGAAAUGUUUUAAAUAGAAAGUUAUUUAUUAUUCAUAUAAAUGUUUAAGAAUGAAAGAGAUUCUUAUUUUUUAUUAUUUUUAAAAAGCGUAAUACAAAUAUGAAAACCUUUAACUUAUCAUCGGACAUAAAUAAUAUAUAUUAAAUUAUUUUUCUCAUGGGAAAAAAAAUCUACCUGAAACAGCUAAAGAUUUCACUAGAAUAAUGAAAGAUUUAAAUAAAAAAUAAGUGUAAAUUUUAAUAAUGUUGAUGAAAUAACUAGUCAAAGGACUUGAAAGUGUUUCAUAAACAUUAUUAAAAAAAAAACGGUUCUAAAAAUUUUAACCAAACUUUUGUUAUUCUAAUGAAAUCUUUCGCUGUUCCAGGUAAAUUUUUUUUCCGUUCUUUAUAAAUAUUUAAAUUGAUUGAAAGUCGAAAUAAUUUAUAUGAUAUUGAAAAAAUUGAAUAUGAUUAAUAUUUAAUCAGAAUUAAAAGAAAAAGAAGAAGAAGAAGAAGAAUAAGAAGAAAAAUGAAUAGUUUUUAAUUUAGUGAGUUCUAUUUUUGAACUCGUUAUCUGUGAUGGUGACUGUUUUAUUUGUCAAAUUAAAAAUUUCCAGAAUAUUUUGAUAAUUAGAUAAUAAUUAUUGCACAAUAUUAUUGGAAAAAAAAAUUAAUUAUUUAAAUUUAUCGAAUUAUUUAAUGAAUUAAAAUUAAUUGAACGAAGAUUUUUUUUUUUUUUUUUAAGAACUCAGACCAUUAUAUUUGGAACAAAAUUUUUGCGGUCUAAUUUAAAAAAAAAAAUUGAUAUACUUUCCGAAAUAAUUCUGCUAAAAAAUCUACGGAACGAAAUAAAAACAAUGUUAAAAUUUUUAUUAUUGAACAUAAUUAAAUAAUUAUAAUUAAAUAAAUUAAUUCUAAACAAGAACCAAUAAUUCUUUUUACAUUUUUAAGAAUUUAUUUAUAUACGGGCCUUCACAAGAAAUUUUUCUUUUUUUUUCUCAAAUUCUGAAAGUAUCAAUUUUUUUUUUUUUUUUUUUUUUUUUUUUUUUUUUUUUUUUUUUUUUUUUUUUUUUUUAA